GAAGACGACGAUGAGCCGAUGCAGCAUCACGCAGAGCGCCGCUACGAGCCCAGCCCGAUUGACAUUGCCGUGGUCAGGGCCAUGCUGUGCCGCUCCAAGAAGCUGCCGCCAGACCUGAUUGACGCCAUCUUCGACUUUGGCGAGUACUGGGCUCACUCCACCACGCAGCUGCACGAGAGCAUCCACAUCAUGGGCGGCAACCCGGACAGAGAGGACCGCUUCUUGCUUCGAUCGUAUCCGCUGGGCCUGGUGGAUGCCGGAGCUCGACAGAAUGCCAACGACCAGCCAUACACCACCGCCUUGCCGACGCCUCGGCCCCUGGGCGAGAGUCUCGACGCCAGCUUCUUCGCAAAGGCGGCAAAGUACCCUGUGCCGCGCAUCACGCACCCCGCGCGAAAGGUGGUCUUCUCAUUCAGGAGCCAGGACCAAGGAUGGGUGACGAGCUCCGACGACGCUCAGGACCCGUAUUCGAAGUCGUGGACGUGGUUUGACGCGGGAUUGGAGAAGUUUGACGCAUCUGGUGCUGGGCUCAUGAUGGGUGCUAACUGCUUCUUAGAAGAUGGAUCGUUACCCUCUGUCAACUCGCUUCGGCCACUUUACCCUGAACUUCAGCAGACCUCAUCUGACCCAGUCGGCUACAACUACGCUCACAAGCUGCUGCAUUCACCCGAAUGGGAGAUUCAACGCAACAAGACAGCCCUUGGGAAAUGGCAAGACAAUUCCAUCACGUGGUCCUAUCUAGACGACACCGCACCCGACUCAGAAGGCGGCCAGGCCCUCGUGGCAAAGGGCAGAGGGCGUGAGACGGGCGACGGGAAGUUUGUGCGGGAGCUGCAGGUGGGCGACGUGGUGACGGUCUGGGGCAGGGCGAGGUUUGGCGGGUGGGCGAACAAGAUUGAGUCUGUGCGGAUUGACGUGUACUGGGCGGUGUAG